AUGCCUCAAAGUUCAACAGUUAACAUUAGAGAUGGAGCGUUGUUGGCUAUCAAUGGAGAGUUGGAAGAUAUAGAGAGUAUUUGUAAUCAAGGAUUCCAAGAGAUUAGUGCUCGUAGUGCCGUAUCAUUGGUAGUGAAGAAUAAUGGGACUUACUCACUAAUAGAGAACAGAAAUAAACAAGAGCAAUGGGUUAUUUUCAAGCAACAAAGUAUCAUUGCAUGGACAGGAUAUGACAUUGAGUUAUCUCCCAAAAAGAUCUUUGCAAAAUGGUUGAGUUAUCAGAGUCUGGGUAAAGGGUAUAUUGUGCUUAGUGGUGACGAAGAAUUGGUUGAAGUUGAUUUAAAAGAUAAAGAUCAAUAUAUGUUUAUCAAUCCUGGAUCAUUGGUAGCCACUAAUGGUGAUAUUAGUACUAUAACAAUGGAGUAUCAUCACAAUACCAAUACUGUUAAACAGUAUUUAUCCAAAUUAUUACCGUCAUUUAAAGUCCCAAGAAUGGGUAUUAUGGGUGGUAUAGUCAAAUCAAUGUCUGAUACAUGGCAGACUUUUAUUCAGCCAGUGACUUCCUCGGAUAUAUGGAAGAAAAUGUCAAGAACUAGUUCUACAGUUUACCACUGGUUAAAACUUAAUGUCUAUGUACGAGUUGUUGCCCGACCUAUGUAUUUGAAGAUGGUUGGUCCGGGGAAAGUAUUGCUUGAUGGGGGACAACUACUGAAGAGUAAUGGGUACUUUUCCAAGCAAGAGAUUUUAAGAGCAUAUGAGAAGAAGAAGUAA